CAGGGCGCAAACUGAAAGUGCCACUCGGCGGGGCUGCGGGCCACGGAGCGGCCUCCUCCCCCGAGACCCAGAAUUUUUUGACGCCUUCUGGUUUGAAGAAUCUCCAGCUGCUCUGAUGAUAGCUUAAGACGACUGCAUGCUGUUCCCUCUCGAUGCCAAGCCAGACCCGCACAGAACCUCGGAUCUCAAUCCUUCAUGGAGACCAGGUCCCAGCAGGAAUGACAGUGGAAGAAAUUGGCACCCAGAUGGUUCCUCUGCGUGAAGUUGUCUUGGGCUGUGGGCCGACUCGAGAACACCUGGUCGUGGUUGAACUGGGAAAAUUUGAAAGGAAGAAGUUUAAAAAUUCUGAUUUGCGAGCUGGACAUGCAAAAAUUGAAGAGGAGCCUGUACAUCUCUAUCCACUCCCUGAGAGAGAAGCACUGAUCUUGAAGCGGAAGAACCAACUGGAAACUGAUAGCUAUCCCAUCAUGCUCUGGUGGUCCCCCUUGACUGGGGAAACUGGAAGGUUAGGCCAGUGCGGAGCAGAUGCGUGUUUCUUCACCAUCAACCGGACCUACCUACAUCAUCCCAUGACCAAAGCAUUCCUCUUCUAUGGCACUGACUUUAAUAUAGAUAGCUUACCUCUGCCUCGGAAAGCCCACCAUGACUGGGCCCUUUUUCAUGAAGAGUCUCCGAAAAACAAUUAUAAGCUCUUUCACAAGCCAGUCAUCACCUUGUUCAACUACACAGCCACCUUCAGCCGGCAUUCCCACUUGCCACUGACCACCCAGUACUUGGAGGGUGUAGAAGUCCUGAAGUCACUCCGAUACCUAGUCCCUUUGCGGUCCAAAAACAACCUUCGAAGAAGACUUGCUCCACUGGUAUACAUCCAGUCAGACUGUGACCCGCCGUCAGACAGGGACAGCUAUGUUCGAGAGCUGAUGACUUAUAUCGAGGUCGAUUCCUAUGGUGAGUGUUUACGAAACAAAGAUCUCCCUCAGCAGCUGAAAAAUCCAGCCUCUAUGGAUGCCGAUGGCUUUUAUAGGAUCAUUGCACAGUAUAAGUUUAUCCUGGCCUUUGAGAAUGCAGUGUGUGAUGACUACAUCACCGAGAAGUUCUGGAGACCUCUGAAACUGGGGGUGGUCCCUGUGUAUUAUGGGUCUCCCAGCAUUGCGGACUGGCUCCCAAGUAACAGAAGUGCUAUUCUCGUAUCAGAAUUUGCUCACCCUAGAGAAUUGGCAAAUUACAUCAGACAACUGGAUCACGAUGACAGAAUGUACGAGGCCUACAUAGAAUGGAAGCUGAAGGGUGAGGUCUCCAAUCAGCGACUUCUCACAGCACUCAGGGAACGGAAAUGGGGAGUGCAGGAUGUCCACCAGGACAACUACAUCGAUGCGUUUGAGUGUAUGGUGUGCACCAAGGUGUGGGAUAACAUCCGGCUUCAGGAAAAGGGCUUACCACCCAAGAGAUGGAAGGCAGACGUUAGCCACCUGAGUUGCCCGGAGCCUGCCGUGUUUGCUUUCUCACCUCUGGCUCCACAUUGGAGCUCUUUGCGGGAGAUGUGGAUUCCAAGCUUUGAGCAAUCCAAGAAAGAAGCCCAGGCACUGAGGUGGCUGGUUGAUAGGAAUAAAAAUUUUUCAGCUCAAGAGUUUUGGGCCCUAGUAUUCAAGGACUAAUUUCUAAAAGUAUCAGAAUGAUAUAGACUAGAGAUAUCUUGAGGUUUAUUUUCUAGGUUGCCUUAAUAUAUGAAUAUCAUAGCUACUUUGUUGACUAUCCCUUAGGAUAAGGAUUAAGUGCCAUAGUACUCAUAAUGAGUGCUCUCAGAUCAUGGCUGUGAAUUACCCUUAGGGGUCACCUCUAUAUUUUUUAUACUAAAAAAGUAAAUAUUUCUUAUGGACACUUGUCACCUUCAGUUUACAUAUCUGUACUGAUGUACCUGCUGCCUUUUGUGGAAAUUCAGCUAAUGUGGAGCGAGUACUCCCCUCACUGCAAGGGAGGCAGAGGGUGGAGCUGUGGAAUCUUGAUACUCACCUCACUGUCUGCAGUUUAUUAGUAAUUUGGCAAGCCCAGUGUCCUGAUGCUGAGCAUGAACAUGAAAUGCAUUAGAACUUGGCAAUGAGAGAUUCCAUCUGUUGGUUUCCAGGGAUGAAUGAGUAAUAAAAGCUGUGUGAAUUUUAUCCGCUUUUUCUCUUCAAGUCAGAAGAACGUAUACAUCUACCUUCUGCUUACUCUUACUACCUCUCUUCCUUCUUUUCAUCUUGCCCUGCAUCCUGUCCCACUUUCCUCCCAAAGUGGAAUGUCUUAUGAAGAUGUGCCUCCUCCUUGUGUGUUUUGAAAGGUGAGAUGUUCUCAAUUGUCCCUCAUACUGCAGAGCAGAAUAAUAAUCAUAUGUUCCAGGCUGGACACCCUGUACUUUUCGAUCAAUAUAAGGGUGGAAGUGAGUGCCCUCAGGAACUCCAGUUGUUUUGAAAGUGAUUUUUCCUUUCCUUUC